AUGGGAAACGAAGAGAAAAAAAAUUAAGAGUCCUCAAUACGAGAUGUGAAUCGGACAUUUCUUGAAUCUGGUGAAAGUGAACGCGUCAUUAGGAUCCAUUCUCUCCAUCCUGGGCAUACUUACAGUGUUUCUAUCUACGGUCGACGAGAUGAAAACUCGUCGUUGAUUGAGGAGACCAACAUCACGAUGGAUCCGCGCACUCCACAAUUCAACACGAAGGAUAUUGAGAUCUCGAUGAAUAACAUCACAUUGAAAGCUGAGAAACCCGAGAAGAACGUUCAGGACUCUUUCUUGGUGGAAUAUCGUCAAAUCGAUCCUGAGAAACGAUAUCCAGUGCUGGAAGUAAUUGACAUACCCGAACAGAAGGAUCUGGAAGUCUAUUUGGGCAAUCUUAACCCUGGUCGGGAUUACCAUGUGCAGGUAACGGCGACAAGAUUAGGCUCGAAGAGUCGACCAUGGUCAAUGACUCUAGCUACAAGUAACGGCGACAAGAUUGGGAUCGAAGAGUCGGCCAUGGUCAAUGACUCUGGCUACAAGUGA